AUGCUCUUCAUCCUCCUCUCUCUGGCCAUAUUCUCUGUACUCAGUGUGAUUGCAUACCUCUCAUUGGCCAUUCUGUCAGUCACACUCAGUUUUCGUGUUUACAAGAACAUCAUGCAGGCAGUGCAGAAGUCUGGAGAAGGACAUCCUUUCAAGGAAUACCUUGAGUGGGACAUUGAGCUUAAUGACGCGAAAACACAGAAAGUAGUGAAACUUGUCAUGAAGCACUUCAAUGCAACUGUGCGAGAAUUGCGAAGACUGUUCCUUGUUGAAGACCUUGUAGAUUCUAUCAAGUUUGGACUUUUGCUGUGGGUGCUGACUUACAUUGGAUCCUGGUUCAAUGGAAUGACACUGAUUAUCAACAGUGUUGUAAUAGUCUUCACUCUUCCGAAGAUCUAUGAAACAUACAAGGUCCAGAUUGACAAUUACUUGGCUAUGGCAAGGAGUCAGUUCAACAAAAUCCUUCAGCAGGUGCAAUCAAAACUGCCAUUUUUGAAGAAGAAAGCUAAGGCCCAGUAA